AUGGAUCAGUAUGAGAAGCUGGAGAAGAUCGGGGAGGGCACCUAUGGCAAGGUGUACAAAGCAAGGGACAAGACAUCCGGCAAGCUGGUGGCGCUCAAGAAGACGCGCUUAGAGGUGUUUGAGUACCUGACGACCGACCUGAAGCGCUACAUGGACCGCAACGGCAAGGGGCCCGCCUACCCGCUGACCACACAGACUGUCAAGGUGCGCGCCUCCCCCACCGCCGGGCGCACCCACGCACCCCUAAUCCCACCCCCUCUCGCCUGUGUCCUGCAUCCGCGCACGUUCUGCCACGCAUAA